GUAAUAGAGGGCUUCAUCCAGACCAUCUCUCUGACCGUACCAUGGGCGUCCCUGCUGCAGGAGAACUGUGCCCUGGAGGUCAAGGGGCUGGAGAUGGUGUUCAGACCCAGACCACAUAUGGGUGAGGGGACACCUCCAUCUUUGUUUGUCUCGUCAUCGUCAUCAUCAUUGCAUUAUGGCUGCUACUAGCGCACACACAGCUAACUAGCUAACGAUUCCAUAUCGGCUACAGAUUGAAUAAACCAUGUUGGCAAUGUUGACCAUGAGGGUUUCCUGUUGUGUGCCCCUAGCCUCAGGUAUGGAACCCAUGUAUUGGUCCAGCUUCAUGACGAGCAGCAUGCAGCUUGCCAAAGAGUGUCUGAGCCAGAGACUAACAGAUGACUUGGGGGAGAGCUUCCAGCCAUUGGAGGGAUUGGAGAAGUUUGCAGAGACCAUAGAGACAGGUGUGGUACAUCAUUACCAUACAACAACACUUGAGUAGGCUUUCUUUCCAAGCAUCAGAGGGUUGAUAACAAUGUCAUCUUUGUCGUUUCUUUAGUUCUGAGAAGGGUCAAGGUGACUUUUUUGGACACGGUUCUCAGAAUCGAACAUUUUCCAGAAAAUUCCAAAACAGGAAUCGCUCUUGAGAUGCGUAUCAACAAGUAAGUUGAGGUUACAAGUAGUGAACUACUUGCACAUUUAUCUUCAAGUAGUGCCCAAUACCUUUUACUUAGGUAUUUCUGAUUUCAUUGAGCAUUUUCGAUACAUUGACACUCUCUACAUGAGCUCUUACAUCCUUAUCUGUGUUGUUCAGGAUUGUUUACUGUGAUGAGACUGGUGAGGAGAGCUCCAGUGUAAAUGUGCACCAACCCACCACAUUUGCACAUAAAAACGUGCAGCUGGAGGGAGUCACCGUCUUCUGGGAUGAGUUCUCAGAGGCGGCCAGAGCCGGCUUCAAGUCCUCACCCACCCCAGCAGUGAGUCUACAUUCAAAUAAUCCUCUGUGUAGUUUUGAAGCGUAGAGAACUGAUACUCACUCACCCCUUUUCUGCACCCCCUCAGGAGACAGAGGCCAAGCUAUCCCCCAGCUGGAACCCUAGAAUCAUCUGUGAGCCACACCCCCAGUUCACAGAGCCUGUUUCCUCAGCAACACCCUUUGAACCCAUGCAGAUUGGUCACCUUAGUGGCAGAAUUGAACUGUCGCUUGUCCUGAAACAGAACCAAACCAUGCCUGGAGCAAAGGUUGGUACAGCAUUCUCACAUGAUUGAAAUGGCACAGCAACUGUGAAACUUGGACACACUGAAAUGCACAGAAUGUCUAUUGUCUUGGUCUUUAAAACAGUAUUUUGUUUUUCAGUUGGAUGUUGAUGGACAGAUUAGCACAAUGAUUGUGCUGCUAUCUCCACGGCAAGUUCACUUACUCUUGGACGUGUUUGGAGUUUUUUCAGGCUCAGGUUGGUUUAAUGAUGGCAAUUGAAUGAUGAUAUCUUAAAAGGAGCUGCGUCAGACGUUGGUGAGUGAAACACUAAAAGCCUCUGCUUUUGUGUGCGAAGCUGGGCCGGAGUGGGGGAAGGACAAGAGGAACCGGCCCAUGCAGCAGGAGGAUGAGUAUCGGCUCCAUAUGGAGCUAAACCGCUGCCUGAAGAAGGAGUCCGACCCUGACCUCUUCGAGAGCCAGACCACCAGAACUGUGUCCAGCCGAGGUUCCGAUGAACUGUUACCCCCACCUACUAUGUUUAAUAACCUGAUGAUUUAUAUUGAGCUUUUUGUUAUUGUAGGCCUAUAUCUUGUUAUCAUGAACAAUUGUUUGAUCUAGCGUCUUUGUUUCUUUGUUGUUGGCACAGAGGAUGUCUUCUUCUCCAUGGCUGACAUGGACAUGUCUCAUAGCCUGUCGUCCCUCCCUCCCCUGGGGGAACCGCCCACUGUGGACUUGGACCUGUCACUCAACAGUAACUACUCCCCCUCCCCAGGAGAGUCUCCUGGCAAUGCCACGGUAUGCCUCAAUAUACAGUAUGUAUUGUCCAUUGUAUUGUUUAGCAGCUUAACCUGACCUAAUGGUAUGGGGAUUGUAACAUAGUACAUUUCUUUGUUAUUUUGUCCUCAUAAGAUCCUCUGGGACUAUUAUCUGGAUGUGCCCAGACAGAGGGAGAAGCAGGCCCAGGAAAGCCCAUUCCUGACACGGGAUUCACCACUCCAACACAAGCUGCUGAGACAGACCUGUAAUACUGCAUUCACACAGGCAGCCAAUCAGAUCAGCUCUGAAAAAUAGCUGAUGUGAAAAGAUCUGAUGUGAUUAGUCAAAAUACAAAUUAGUGGAAAAAAGCUCAGAAUUGGGCUGCCUGUGUGAUUGCAGUCUAAGAACCAGCAUCAUGCACUCUCACUCACUACCAUUUAGAAUACAUUGAACAGAUGGAUAAAGAUUAUUUUUAAAGGAAGAAAUCUGUUUGAGUCAGUAUUCCUAUUCAGUUCUUAAGACAGUAACUUCUUAAUCUGACAUCGUUUGACACAGGAGAAAACAGAAAUGUCAUGGUAGUGUUUACAAGUCAAUAAUUCACACAUUUUGUCCUGUGUCUCAGCCCACCCAACCAAAGCCCACAGUGACGAGUCCAGGCCAGAGCUGGUCUUCAGGCUGACUCUGGGGAGCCUGGCUGUGUGUGUUCUCCACAUUGACCCCCUGCCCCCGCCGGAUGCUGCCCCCAGCCCCCUGGCCCCCAUGGCUGCUGACUUCUUCAGGGUGGUCUGCUCUGACCAGCUUCCCGCAGCUGCAUUCAUCCAGUUAAGGACAGCUUUUGACGAAGCCUGCCCCUACGACCACCUCAGGUGAUCUUAUUGACAUUGUCUAUUAAUAUUUUUUAUCUCCGUUACCUCCUUAGGAACCUGACUGACUCAACCCCAUCUUGCAUAUUUGUCCUCUAUCUCUCCAGGUUUGUGGCUCAGGGAAUGAAGGUGACCUAUGAGCACUGUCAGAGCUCCAGCUUGCGCACCUUCAGCACAGACGUGUCCCUGGGUCAGAUGGAGCUGCUGGAGUGUCUCUUCCCCUCUGAGGCUCCCAGCGGUGGGUCCCAGAGAGGGGUUCAGUACACCGAGGUAAAGGCCUCCCCACCAACAACACCCACUCACAUCCACAGAGUGUCCAAGCACUCAGAUUACAACACAUGAGCAUAAAAUAUAUCAUAACAGAUGUUCAAAUCAAUUUUGGGAUCUAGGCAUACAUGUGCUUAUAGAGAUGCAUUUUGAUGUUCGCUCUGUCUGUCCUACCUCAGCUCCUGACAUUUGACACCUCUGUCACAACUGAGGCACCAUCUGCCACCUGCCUCCACCUGCUCUACAAACUGGCUGAACGCAGAGGGCCGCAGGUAAGAGCACAUCUUAGUGAGAUUAGAAGCUGCAAUGAAUGCGCUGUAAUUGGAUUCCCAGUUCCGCAACCCAAUUUAUGACACUCAAGUAACUGAAACUUAAUUUUGCAUCACUUAUGCAUUAAUGUCAAAGGGAGAUUUGUGUGGGAAUUCAAAUUACAUGUGUGGAUCUCAAGUUAGGAUUCGGCCCACAAUGUACGUAACAAUACAGUGCCUGAUACAGUACCCCUUUAUACUCCUUCGUCCAGGGUGGACAGGUGCGUCUGAGUACCAUGCCCAGGAAGGCUGACUUUCAGGUAGAGUUGGGGGCAGUCCGCUCUGAAGUGGAUAUCAGCAUCGUGGACCGCCUCAACUCUCUGCUGCAGCCACAGAAACUGGUCACCACUGAGAUGAUGGCCUCUCACAUGUACACGUCUUAUAAUAAACACGUCAGCUUGGUGAGGACUGUCUUCACCCACUGUCCCUCUACUUUGUCUCAAGGCCCUUUCAGGGCUUUUUAGCAGUCAUAUCAGCAUUUCUACAUUGUAAACAUUUUGGUAAACUUGUGUUUGAAGGAAAUAUGAAAAACAACAUCACAUCAAAUGCUGCUUCCACCCACCCCACAGCACAAGGCCUUUACAGAGGUCUUCCUUGAUGACAACCGUACUCCAGCCAACACCCACGUGUUGAUAACAGUCAACGCCCCUGUGUUGAACCUGGUGGUGCGCUUCCCUAUCCCAGACCUGCGCUCGGACCAGGAGAGGGGCCCCUGGUUUAAGAAGUCCUUGCAGAAGGAGGUUCUGUACCUGGAGCUGGAGGACCUGGAGGUGAAGACCGAGUUCACAGGGGGCAGCUCCCCAGAGCAGACCAAGAUGGAGCUCACCUUCAGGGAGCUAGUCGGUAUGUGUCAUCCAACUGCUAACGGACAGUGUAGCCUCAUAACCAGAACCACUUUUGAUACACAUCAUUCAUGUACUCAUUUUUCCAUCCAUUCUCACAGGGAAGUUUCAGGAAGAGGAGGACCAGCCUGCAGCCAGGUUCCUCAGGGUCUCCCACACUAUGGAUGGAAACAUGACCAUCUCUGACAGCGGGAAGUUUGACUGGCCCAGGUACUGUACAUCUGUCCAUGUAGUACUGUACUGCUUCAUGUCAUACCUACACCUUAUUCUUUAGAUGUUGUGAAACUCCUUACUAACCCUCCCCUGCCCCUCCAGAGUGGUGCUGAAAGUCAACCCCACCGCUGUCCACUCCAUCCUGGAGCGUGUGACUGCUGAGGAGGACGAGGGGGCUGAAGACCAAUCCCCAGAUGAGGAGGAGGGAGGGGGAGCCCACUCACUGAAGGAUGUCUGUGACUUUGGGAAGCCUGAACCUUCCCCCUUCUCCUCACGCCGGGUCAUGUAUGAGAAUGAGGAGGUAGGAACACAUCAUUAUUGAAACACUAAUUUGAACAUAAUUAGGACUGAUUUAUCAACAUUUAGCUAGGACUGACAAAUCAAAUAAAUAAAUAAAAUAAAAUAGUAUUUGUCACAUGCGCCGAAUACAACCUUACCGUGAAACGCUUACUUACAAGCCCUUAACCAACAAUGCCGUUUUAAGAAAAUAGAGUUAAGAAAAUAUUUACUAAAUAAACUCAAGUAAAAAAUUAUAUAUAUACAGUUGAAGUUUACAUACACUUAGGUUGGAGUCAUUAAAACUCGUUUUCAACCACUCCACAAAUUUCUUGUUAACAAACUAUAGUUUUGGCAAGUCGGUUAGGACAUCUACUUUGUGCAUGACACAAGUAAUUUUUCCAACAAUUGUUUACAGACAGAUUAUUUCACUUAUAAUUCACUGUAUCACAAUUCCAGUGGGGUCAGAAGUUUACAUACACUAAGUUGACUAUGCCUUUAAACAGCUUGGAAAAUUCCAGAAAAUGAUGUCAUGGCUUUAGAAGCUUCUGAUAGGUUAAUUGACAUAAUUUGAGUCAAUUGGAGGUGUACCUGUGGAUGUAUUUCAAUGCCUACCUUCAAACUCAGUACCUCUUUGCUUGACAUCAUGGGAAAAUCAAAAGAAAUCAGCCAAGACCUCAGAAAAAACAUUGUAGACCUCUACAAGUCUGGUUCAUCCUUGGGAGCAAUUUCCAAACGCCUGAAGAUACCACAUUCAUCUGUACAAACAAUAGUACGCAAGUAUAAACACCAUGGGACCACGCAGCCGUCAUACCGCUCAGGAAGGAGACCCGUUCUGUCUCCUAGAGAUGAACGUACUUUGGUGCGAAAAGUACAAAUCAAUCCCAGAACAGCAAAGGACCUUGUGAAGAUGCUGGAGGAAACAGGUACAAAAGUAUCUAUAUCCACAGUAAAACAAGUCAUAUAUAGACAUAACCUGAAAGGCCGCUCAACAAGGAAGAAGCCACUGCUCCAAAACCGCCAUAAGAAAGCCAGACUACGGUUUGCAACUGCAAAUGGGGACAAAGAUUGUACUUUUUGGAGAAAAUUCUCUGGUCUGAUUAAACAAAAAUAGAACUGUUUGGCCAUAAUGACCAUCGUUAUGUUUGGAGGAAAAAGGGGAAGGCUUGCAAGCCGAAGAACACCAUACCAACCGUGAAGCACAGGGGUGGCAGCAUCAUGCUGUGGGGGUGCUUUGCUGCAGGAGGGACUGGUGCACUUCACAAAAUAGAUGGCAUCAUGAGGAAGGAAAAUUAUGUGGAUAUAUUGAAGCAACAUCUCAAGACAUCAGUCAGGAAGUUAAAGCUUGGUCGCAAAUGGGUCUUCCAAAUGGACAAUGACCCCAAGCAUACUUCCAAAGUUGUGGCAAAAUGGAUUAAGGACAACAAAGUCAAGGUAUUGGAGUGGCCAUCACAAAGCCCUGACCUCAAUCCUAUAGGAAAUGUGUGGGCAGAACUGAAAAAGUGUGUGCGAGCAAGGAGGCCUACAAACCUGACUCAGUUACACCAGCUCUGUCAGGAGGAAUGGGCCAGAAUUCACCCAACUUAUUGUGGGAAGCUUGUGGAAGACCACCAAAAACGUUUGACCCAAGUUAAACAAUUUAAAGGCAAUGCUACCAAAUACUAAUUGAGUGUAUGUAAACUUCUGACCCACUGGGAAUGUGAUGAAAUAAAUAAAAGCUGAAAUAAAUCAUUCUCUCUACUAUUAUUCUGACAUUUCACGUUCUUAAAAUAAAGUGGUGAUCCUAACUGACCUAAGACAGGGAAUUUUACUAGGAUUAAAUGUCAGGAAUUGUGGAAAACUGAGUUUAAAUGUAUUUGGCUAAGGUGUAUGUAAACUAUGUAUGUAUAUAUAUAUAUAUAUAUAUAUAUAUAUAUAUAUAUAUAUAUAUCCAUACAGUGGGGAGAACAAGUAUUUGAUACACUGCCGAUUUUGCAGGUUUUCCUACUUACAAAGCAUGUAGAGGUCUGUAAUUUUUAUCAUAGGUACACUUCAACUGUGAGAGACGGAAUCUAAAACAAAAAUCCAGAAAAUCACAUUGUAUGAUUUUAAAGUAAUUCAUUUGCAUUUUAUUGCAUGACAUAAGUGUUUGAUCACCUACCAACCAGUAACAGGUCUGUGAGAGCCGGAAUUCUUACUGGUUGGUAGGUGAUCAAAUACUUAUGUCAUGCAAUAAAAUGCAAAUUAAUUACUUAGAAAUCAUACAAGUUGAGUAUCUGGAGCAUCAGCAAUUGUGGGUUUGAUUACAGGAUCAAAAUGGCCAGAAACAAUUAACUUUCUUCUGAAACUCGUCAGUCUAUUCUUGUUCUGAGAAAUGAAGGCUAUUCCAUGCGAGAAAUUGCCAAGAAACUGAAGAUCACAUACAACGCUGUGUACUACUCCCUUCACAGAACAGCUCAAACUGGCUCUAACCAGAAUAGAAAGAGGAGUGGGAGGCCUCGGUGCACAACUGCUUUAAUUUUAGCUUGUAAGCAGGAAUCAGGAGGAUAGAAUUAUGGUCAAUUAAGGAAACAUGAAUGAUUGACAUUUCUUCCCCUCUCCUCAGAUGGUCAUUCCUGGUAAUGUGGCUGAGAUGACAGAGUUCCAAGAGAAAACCAUGAGCAAUUCCCGCUUCAUCCUAGAGCUGUGCUUGCCAAAUGUGCAAUUAUCAUUACCCAACAAGGCCUUUUAUGAGAAACUGCACAACAGGUAAUGUGCACGGGGAACAUGAGUGAUUGGGAUUGGCUGGGAUGAUUUUCUAAAUGAAAUCUUCACAAUGUUGUAGUGAAUUGUAUUUUUUAAAAUUAAAUCUCUAAUCUCUCCUCCUCCUCUCUUCUGGCAGGAUAAACAAUGACCUGCUGUUAUGGGAGCCCAACGCUCCCUCGCCUGUGGAGACAGUGGAGAACAUGCCGUAUGGAGCAGGGCUGUCUGUAGCCAGCCAGCUGAUCAAUACGGCACACUACACCAACGACAGCUUCAGCACGUUCCGCUCCACUGGCCCUGAGGGUGAGAUUGUCUCCACAUAGUACAACCAACAUCUGCUACAUCUCAACCUCAUUCAUGGUUUUCAUAUGUUCCUGAAGGUCUGUAGGGCACUCUGUUCUGUGCAAUAGCAUUAUAUAUAUAUGCACUUACCAAGUACUAAUAACUACUAUUCAUGGUAAAAUGUUAUUCCGUCUUUUCAAACAAACCGCAACUUGCCUACUCAUAUGGCUGUGGUGUCCUGUGCUUUGUGAUUGUAGAGGAGGAAAGUGGAUCGGAGGAGGAGACCAUGCACUACUACUCCCCUGCCUCUGAGCAGUGCUUCAGAUCUCGCAGGAAGAAGAAGCCCAAGGCCCAGGGCAAGACCUCCCAGAGCCUGUUCUCUGUAAUCCUCACUGUCAACCUUGGCCUAGUGGCCCUGCAGACCAAUGCUAAGGUAACCCUGAGUUACAGUCACAAUGAUCUGUCAUUUCUAAAUUACAUUGCAUUCAAACAGCUGGGUAUUCUCUGAGGCUGUUUGGCUGACUGGUAUAAGAAAAUAAUCUUUAUUUUUCUUUCCAGCAGGAGGAUGAGGCGGUUUUGAAUAACCAACAUGGAGAGUUCUGGUUGGAGGUGAAGAAUGGUGUCCUGUUCAGUGUGACACAGUUUGAAGGCUACAAAGACCAGCACUACAUCUGCUUCCACAACAGUAACAUCUGUCUCUAUCACCAAGGUAAGAAUGGAGACAUUAACCCCUUACACUCGUGGAAAUUGGCCUAUAUGGAUAAUGCUACAUUUUUUAUGUUGCUUACAAGAGAAAUAUGGAACGCAUAUGCAUAACCAUGGUAGCAAUUAAAAGGGAACAGUUAGGAGAUUAUGGGGAAAUUAUUAGACCAAAGUUGAGGGGACAACAGUUCACCUGACACAAGACUGAAUCCAAACAUGACACUGUUGAUUUUAUGUGUAUUUUACAUUUACUGUACUUUUUGCUGCAUUUGUUGAUAAAGAAAUCUGAAAAUACUAUUGAUACAUUCAGUAACAUGAUAAGAAUAUUCCUGGAAAAUUUGGGGUAGGUGCAACAUAAGACAAAACAACUACACGUGUUUGAGUGAGAGGUCAAACUGGUUUGCCACACACCUCUCAAGUGUGCCCAGUUCCUAAGUAAUUUCAAUGCACUCGAAGUUUAGUCUUCAGCUAUAAGGUGCUUUUUUGAGCUCUCCUAGCUGUGCCGUUGAGGAACUAGAGUAAGCACACUUGUAGUUAUUUUGUUUGUUACACAGCCCUGCAUCCCCGCCUUUACACAAUUACUGUUGUUAAUGCAAUCCAAAAACGGUCCAUUAUAAAUCUAAAUCUGGGUCAGGUGGGCAUAAUGUGAAAGCUUGUUCUAUUGCCAACAUGUCUAGCUAAAUUAUAAAAUAUGAGCUUAUAGUGUUAGGCUUUCACAAGGCAAAGCAGAUUGUAAUUUUGGUGCGCACAGAAUGGAGUUAUGAGUGCAUUCAGACGCAUGGUCCACAGCAAAUGUUCUUCACAAUAGAACAAAGUAGGCUCACUCUGUUCAGGACAACCCAGGGUAUAAUGCCAUGUCAUCUUGUAACUGUACAUUAAACAUAUGAUCAUAAACAUUGACACUGUAUAUGUCAUGAGUUUUAUGAUAUGGACAUGUGAAGUGCACGUUUGGACUCACGGGUGUUUGGCUUGCUUUUAUGACAUCAAACCGGUAUUUAUUAUAAUCCUCAACAUCUCAUCUCAUCUUUCAAAAUACAGAGUCCUUGUAAUUUACAUACACUACUGUUCAAAAGUUUGGGGUCACUUAAAAUUUCCUUGUUUUCAAAAGAAAAGCAAUUUUUUUGACCAUUUAAAAUAACAUCAAAUUGAUUAGAAAUACAGUGUUGGAAACGGCUGAUUUUUAAUGGAAUAUCUACAUAGGCGUACAGAGGCCCAUUAUCAGCAAUCAUCAGUCCUGUGUUCCAAUGACACGUUGUGUUUGCUAAUACAAGUUUAUCAUUUAAAAAAGCUAAUUGAUCAUUAGAAAACCCUUUUGCAAUUAUGUUAGCACAGCUGAAAACUGUUGUGCUGAUUUAAAGAAGCAAUAAAACUGGCCUUCUUGAGACUAGUUGAGUAUCUGGAGCAUCAGCAAUUGUGGGUUCGAUUACAGGAUCAAAAUGGCCAGAAACAAUUAACUUUCUUCUGAAACUCAUCAGUCUAUUCUUGUUCUGAGAAAUGAAGGCUAUUCCAUGCGAGAAAUUGCCAAGAAACUGAAGAUCACAUACAACGCUGUGUACUACUCCCUUCACAGAACAGCGCAAACUGGCUCUAACCAGAAUAGAAAGAGGAGUGGGAGGCCCCGGUGCACAACUGAGCAAGAGGACAAAUACAUUAGAAUGUCUAGUUUGAGAAACAGACGCCUCACAGGUCCUCAACUGGCAGCUUCAUUAAAUAGUACCCGCAAAACACCAGUCUCAAUGUCAACAGUGAAGAGGCAACUCUGGGAUGCUGACCUUUUAGGCAGAGUUGCAUAGAAAAAGCCAUAUCUCAUACUGGCCAAUAAAAAGAAAAGAUGAAGAUGGGCAAAAGAACACAGACACUGGACAGAGGAAGAUUGGAAAAAAGUGUUAUGGACAGACGAAUCGAAGUUUGAGGUGUUCGGAUCACAAAGAAGAACAUUUGUGAGACGCAGACCAAAUGAAAAGAUGCUGGAGGAGUGCUUGAUGCCAUCUGUCAAGCAUGGUAGAGGCAAUGUGAUGGUCUGGGGGUGCUUUGGUGGUGGUAAAGUUGGAGAUUUGUACAGAGUAAAAGGGAUCUUGAAGAAGGAAGGCUAUCACUCCAUUUUGUAACUCCAUGCCAUACCCUGUGGACGGCGCUUGAUUGGAGCCAAUUUCCUCCUACAACAGGACAAUGACCUAAAGCACAGCUCCAAACUAUGCAAUAACUAUUUAGGGAAGAAGCAGUCAGCUGAUAUUCUGUCCAUAAUGGAGUGGCCAGCACAGUCACCGGAUCUCAACCCUAUUCAGCUGUUGUACGUAAGAAGUAGUCCCGUGUAGCUCAGUUGGUAGAGCAUGGCGCUUGCAAUGCCAGGGUUGUGGGUUCGUUUCCCACAGGGGGCCAGAAUGAAAUAACGUAUGCACUCACUAACUGUAAAUUGCUCUGGAUAAGAGUGUCUGCUAAAUGACUAAAAUGUAAAUGUAAGUGCCCAUCAAGCCAAUCCAACUUGUGGGAGGUGCUUCAGGAAGCAUGGGGUGAAAUCUCUUCAGAUUACUAGAAUGCCAAAGGUCUGCAAGGCUGUAAUUGCUGCAAAUGGAGGAUUCUUUGAUGAAAGCAAAGUUUGAAGGACACAAUUAUUAUUUCUAUUAAAAAAUAUUAUUUCUAACCUUGUCAAUGACUACAUUUCCUAUGCAUUUUGCUAUAUUUCCUAUUCAAACUCAUUUCAUGUAUGUUUUCAUGGAAAACAAGGACAUGUAGUGUAAUUUCCCUCACUCGGAAAACAAAAAAAUUAGCAAACGUUUACCAAUUAGCGGGAGGGAUUCGGGGCAACUUUUUAUCGCGUGCGGGUCUCAAGUUCAGAACAGCUGUCAGUCAAAACCCAUACAGAGCUGUGAAAGGGAGGCCCUGAGAUCUGACGUCAUGUAUAGCAUGUUACUGUACAACCACUGCGUUCCAAUUUAGGAGCUUAUCAGUGUCCAAAUCUGCCAUUUUCAAACUGUAUACGGGCACGAGUGUGAAGGGCUACGCCUAGUCACACUGACAUUUUUGUAAAUUUUAGGUGAAGCUUCAUAGAUCCCCUCUCCAAAUGAGUAAAUAUGCCAUUGUUCAUGGUGAUGCCUCUGUGUCUGUUACAUUGUGUGGUAUUAUAUCUGUCUAUCCAGGUCUGGUGGAGGGAGACACCCCAGUGUCCGACAUCAAGCUGCCCUGCAGGACGCGUCCUCAUUGGCUGGAGCCGGCCAUCUACCCCUCUGAGGCAGCCCCUGAUAGGGCGUCCCCCUCUGAGGGCAUCGGCCUCGAGGCCCACAGCAUGCUGUCUGUUGCCGUCAAGAUCUCCACCCAGAACAUGGAGCGCAAUGUCAAGGUAGGUACAAUCCGUUUACAUUUGUACUAUUGGUGUGCAAAAACUUUCAAACACUAGUCAUUUUCUUGAGAAAGAAAAGCCAUGUAGUUUUGGACAGACACAAGGAUAUGUGUUUACUGUUGGUCUGGGUUUCCUCUGCAGGAGUUCCUGAUUGCAGUGGGAGUGAAAGGGGCCACACUCCAGCACCUAGUGGUUCCCCCAAAACUGGGCUGGUAUGACCAGGUAAACUCAACACCUGUCCAUCCAAGGUGUUGUUUGUGUACAGUUCAACGCCACAACUUAUCUUAAUCAUAUAUUAAGCAUCCCUUGGAACAGAUGAACCAUACUCCUGACUGAUCAGUGUUUCUUUGUUGUGUGUAACAGAUCGUAGACUUCCUGAAUGUGUCUGAUGAGCCUGUGUUAGGUUACACCCCCCCUGCCUCAGUCACCACCCUUCAUCUCCACCUGUGGAGCUGCUCACUAGAUUACAGGUGCUGUUGACUGACUAUGUCACGUUCACAACCUAAUUAAUCUGUAUUUUCUGUAUAAUCAGUGUUUGUAUUUUUACAUGCUAUAUUCUCUCUGCAGACCCCUGUACCUGCCACUCAGGUCUCUGAUGGUAGUGGAGACAUUCAGCAUCUCCAGCAGUGUCUCCUUAGACCACUCGUCCUCCACUCUCAGGUACUGUUCCAGCACUGGUCAUGUCAUUGACAAGAAAUCAGCAGUGGCGUAUCACUGGAUGUUUCUGUAUUUCUGUAUGUAUUUUGUGUUGGUUCUAGGAUCAUUUUGGAUGAAGCAGCUUUGUUCCUCUCUGACAAGAGCAAUGCCGUCUCUGUAAAUCUAAUGCGAGGUGAGCCAAUCUGUUACAUUUUCAAUUUGUAUGUCAAUCAAACAUUCUUUAGACGCUCUGACCAGUAACCCAUGUGCUUUAUCGCCCAGACUAUGUGCAGGUGGUAGACAUGGGAACAUUAGAGCUGAGGAUCACUGCGGUCAAACCUGGAGUGGACAGAGAAUUUGUAAGAGCUGGCAACCUCUGUUGAUCUAUGAGAAACCUCUUUCCAACAACAAGACGGCACCGUUGAGCCAAUCUUCUCAAUGUGUCUUUUGACAGACUGAGCCCAGAUUUGAGCUGCGCUGCUCCAGUGAUGUCAUCCAUAUCAGAACAUGUUCAGACUCCUGUGCUGCUCUGAUGAACCUCAUCCAGUAUGUGGCCAGCUAUGGAGACCUACUGCCCCCUCCUGGGCCGGAGGCCAAGGGCACCAGCUCCAAGCAGAGAGCAAAGGUCAGCUUUUAUACCCCUCAGAUACAUUUAUGACUCAUAGCCAUUACGCUAUAUCAAACGGUUUCCUUGAGUGUGAUGAGCAGUGAAUGGGCAGUGGAGAAUUUAAUGUAUCUGUAUAUUGUGAGACACAUUUAUGACACAACAAAGCCAUUACAAUUACAGUAUAUCAAACUCCUGCGUUGAGAGAGCAGACCAGUCUGGACUGUGUAGAUUUUAUACAGGUGUGAUUCUAAAUACUGUAGUGAGGAUAUGGACUCUGCUGUCUGCUGAGUUCAAAUGUUGUUAAUGUCUUUGUAUGUCUGGUCAGCCGGAGGCUCCAAGCCGACCCCUUUCCCAGGCUCCUCUUCUUCCCGAGGCUGAGCAGCAGAUGCUGCAGGACCUGAUGAGUGAGGCCAUGGAGGAGGCAGACAGUCAGUACGCCCUGGCACUGCAACACAAUGGUGAGACUACAUACAAACACAACUAUUUAACAUUCACUUAAUGCAUAGAAGUGAAUUUGACUAGACUCAAUUGGUCCCACUCCCUCCUCAACCGCUACAGGAAUACACGAGGAGCAGAAUCAGGACUUCGACCCGCCUCGCUCUGACCUCUUCCUUUUCCCGGACGAGAGCGGGAAUCUGUCGCAGGAGCCGAGCCCCACGUACCUCACCCUCCACUCCCCCCUCAUCACCGCUGCCCCUAACCUGGCCUCAGAGAACGACGACUUCUGUAUUCUAGAGACCCCGGGCUCCACGGCAGACGUAAGAGCAUGCAUCUCAUACAGUUACUUACGCAGCAUGUUGGAUAACUAGUAUGUUUAGUCUGUCUAUUGCAUUGGUGUGAAGAGUGUGUUUAUUGUCUCAGGAUCGGGACGAGGAGCCAGUGGUGAAUAAGUUGAUCCCAGACUCUAUUGAGAUCAAAGACAACCACUUUGGCCAGCCCCUGGACAGCAGCGACUCCAGCAGGGGAGCCCUGAACUUCCCCGUCCCAGAGGUGCGCUACCUCAUCAGGGAGAUCUCUGUCAUCUGGCACCUCUAUGGAGGGAAGGACUUUGGGAGCGCGAUGUUCACCUCCUCUCCAGCUAGAAGUCGUCGGGAGUGAGUGUGUUUGUGCUUUGGACUGUUCAACUGUUCUUUAUUACAACAACAAUACUGGGAGAUGUGAUUGAACUGAGAUUGUGUCAAAUGUCAGGAAGGAUAGAGAAAGAAAAGGAUCUAGAGUAAUGGUCAAAAGGUGCAAUAGAUGAUCAAGUGUCCUCUGUUAAUGUUUUGAUGAUGUUGAAGGUGUACCCCACACAGCUCCCCCUCCCAGACCCCAGUCAGACAGGGCAGGGGUGGAGGACGGGCCGGAGGAGGGCGGGGCAGGAACCUUGACGUCCUGAUGGAGAUCCAGCUCAGCAAGGUAGGAGGACAUGACAACCCCUCUCCUGUAACAAGACAACAUUACAUUUACAUUUUAGUCAUUUAGCAGACGCUCUUAUCUAGAGCGACUUAGUUAGUAAGUGCAUACAUUUAUUUAAUUUUUUUAUACUGGCCCCCCGUGGGAAUCGAACCCACAACCCUGCCGUUGCAAGUGCCAUGCUCUACCAACUGAGCUACACGUGUGCCAAAUGGGAUGAUAAGUGCAUCCUUUAGUAUGAAGCUAGAGUUGAGGACAUCUUGCUCUUUUCCCAGGUGCGGUUCCAGCAUGAGGUGUACCCCCAGGCCCCAGUGGCCUCUGGGUCGGCGGCGGACCAGCCUAAGUCCCGGCAGGUGUUCAUCGUCCAGGACCUGGAGAUCAGAGACAGACUGGCCACCUCCCAGAUGAACAAGUUCCUGUACCUCUACUCCAGCAAGGAGAUGCCCCGCACAGCCCACUCCAACAUGGUGAGAGACAUUGUGCAUGUAGAGUAAUGUCCAUGUGAUUGUGGUCACAUUAAAGACAUGGUAGUGGUUAAGGCAUGUUUAUGCUGAAUGUGUUUGUUUGUGGUUCUCUGUAGCUCAGUUGGUAGAGCAUGGUGCCAGCAACUCCAGAAUAGUGGGUUUAAUCCCAGGACCACUCAUACUUAAAAUGUACAGUGGGGAGAACAAGUAUUUGAUACACUGCCGAUUUUGCAGGUUUUCCUACUUACAAAGCAUGUAGAGGUCUGUAAUCUUUAUCAUAGGUACACUUCAACUGUGAGAGACGGAAUCUAAAACAAAAAUCCAGAAAAUCACAUUAUAUGAUUUUUAAGUAAUUAAUUUGCAUUUUAUUGCAUGAAAUAAGUAUUUGAUACAUCAGAAAAGAAAAACGUAAUAUUUGGUACAGAAACCUUUGUUUGCAAUUACAGAGAUCAUACGUUUCCUGUAGGUCUUGACCAGGUUUGCACACACUGCAGCAGAGAUUUUGGCCCACUCCUCCAUACAGACCUUCUCCAGAUCCUUCAGGUUUCGGGGCUGUCGCUGGGCAAUACGGACUUUCAGCUCCCUCCAAAGAUUUUCUAUUGGGUUCAGGUCUGGAGACUGGCUAGGCCACUCCAGGACCUUGAGAUGCUUCUUACGGAGCCACUCCUUAGUUGCCCUGGCUGUGUGUUUCGGGUCGUUGUCAUGCUGGAAGACCCAGCCACGACCCAUCUUCAAUGCUCUUACUGAGGGAAGGAGGUUGUUGGCCAAGAUCUCGAGAUACAUGGCCCCAUCCAUCCUCCCCUCAAUACGGUGCAGUCGUCCUGUCCCCUUUGCAGAAAAGCAUCCCCAAAGAAUGAUGUUUCCACCUCCAUGCUUCACGGUUGGGAUGGUGUUCUUGGGGUUGUACUCAUCCUUCUUCUUCCUCCAAACACGGUGAGUGGAGUUUAGACCAAAAAGCUCAAUUUUUGUCUCAUCAGACCACAUGACCUUCUCCCAUUCUGCCUCUGGAUCAUCCAGAUGGUCAUUGGCAAACUUCAGAUGGGCCUGGACAUGCGCUGACUUGAGAAGGGGGACCUUGCGUGCGCUGCAGGAUUUUAAUCCAUGACGGCGUAGUGUGUUACUAAUGGUUUUCUUUGAGACUGUGGUCCCAGCUCUCUUCAGGUCAUUGACCAGGUCCUGCCGUGUAGUUCUCGGCUGAUCCCUCACCUUCCUCAUGAUCAUUGAUGCCCCACGAGGUGAGAUCUUGCAUGGAGCCCCAGACCGAGGGUGAUUGACCGUCAUCUUGAACUUCUUCCAUUUUCUAAUAAUUGCGCCAACAGUUGUUGCCUUCUCACCAAGCUGCUUGCCUAUUGUCCUGUAGCCCAUCCCAGCCUUGUGCAGGUCUACAAUUUUAUCCCUGAUGUCCUUACACAGCUCUCUGGUCUUGGCCAUUGUGGAGAGGUUGGUGUCUGUUUGAUUGAGUGUGUGGACAGGUGUCUUUUAUACAGGUAACGAGUUCAAACAGGUGCAGUUAAUACAGGUAAUGAGUGGAGAACAGGAGGGCUUCUUAAAGAAAAACUAACAGGUCUAUGAGAGCUGGAAUUCUUACUGGUUGGUAGGUGAUCAAAUACUUAUGUCAUGCAAUAAAAUGCAAAUUACUUAAAAAUCAUACAAUGUGAUUUUCUGGAUUUUUGUUUUAGAUUCCGUCUCUCACAGUUGAAGUGUACCUAUGAUAAAAAUUACAGACCUCUACAUGCUUUGUAAGUAGGAAAACCUGCAAAAUCGGCAGUGUAUCAAAUACUUGUUCUCCCCACUGUAUGAACGCAUGACUGUAAGUUGCUAUGGAUAAAAAUGUUUGCUAAAUGGCAUAUAUUAUUUUAUAAACUGGUUGGUUUGAGCCUUGAAUGCUGAUUGGCUGACAGCCGUGGUAUAUCAGACCGUAUACCAGGGGUAUGACAAAACAUUUAUUUUUACUGCUCUAAUUACGUUGGUAACCAGUUUGUAAUAGUAAUAAGGCACCUCGGGUGUUUGUGCUAAAUGGCCAAUAUACCACGGCUAAGGGCUGUAUCCAUGCACUCCGCGUUGCGUCGUGCUUAAGAACGGCCCUUAGCCGUGGUAUAUUGGCCAUAUACCACACCCCCUCGUGUCUUAUUGCUUAAAUAUAUUUUUGUUUGUUUGUUUUCUUGCAGCUGACAGUUCGGGCUCUGCACAUGUGUCCAGAGACAGGUCAAGCACCCCAGGAAUGCUGUCUGCGAGUCUCACUCAUGCCCCUUCGUCUCAACGUCGAUCAGGUGAGCCAGAGAAAAACGUGCUGGUUUUAUCCAGUUAAUCAUACAUCCUUCUGAGGUUUGCAAAAGAUUUCAAGCCAUGGAAAUUGAAGCCAUGGAAAUUUUCAGUUAUACUAUUGAGCCCUUUGAAAUUACCUUGUCUUUUUUAUUUUCAUGUAGGAUGCAUUGUUUUUCUUGAAAGACUUCUUUGCCAGCCUUGCUGCUGAAGUUGAGAUGUUCUCUCCACCUGAUCAAGAAGGUAAAAUAUCCUUGGCUAGAGCCUUGUACAUUAUGAACAAUGUAGAGUGUUGAGUAGAUUUAGUUUACCCUCAAUGAUGCAUUUGUUGGUCUGCAGCCCUGUGCGUUUCAAUGAAGAAGCCGUCUGCCCCAGAGGUGACCUGUAGCUUCACUAAGCAUGGAGGUGGGAGCCAGGACCCUGCCCCCAUUAUCUCUGUGCCUGCCCAGAACCGCUCCAGCCUCAACGGCCUCACCUUAUCCAGUAACAGCAACUCUGGGGAAGCUGAGGCUGCCACUGCAUCAUCCUUCACUGACCAGCCCAUCUUCUUCAGGUAGCUGUCCCUUACUAUGUGUAGAGGUGGACAGGCACCUGAUGUUAUUUGGGUUAAGGCAUAACUUACCUUCAUCUCACCAUAUGUGAUCUACACACAAAUAAUGACAUGUUUAUUUUAUUAUAUUUUCUUCUUAAAUUUCUUAAAAUUAUUAUUUUAUCCCCUUUUCUCCCCAAUUUUGAUCUUGUCUCAUCGCUGCAACUCCCCAACGGGCUCGGGAGGCGAAGGUCGAGUCAUGCGUCCUCCGAAACUUGACCCGCCAAACCACGCUUCUUAACACCCACCCGCUUAACCCGGGAGCCAGCCGCACCAAUGUGUCGGAGGAAACACUGUUCAACUGACGACCGAGGUCAGCCUGCAGGCGCCCGGCCCGCCACAAGGAGUCGCUAGAGCGCGAUGAGCCAAGUAAAGCCCCCCCAGCCAAACCCUCCCCUAACCCGGACGACGCUGGGCCAAUUGUGUGUCGCCCUAUGGGACUCCCGACCACGGCCGGUUGUGAUACAGCCCGGGAUCGAACCCGGGUCUGUAGUGAUGCCUCUAGCACAGCGAUGCAGUGCCUUAGACCGCUGCGCCACUCGGGAGGCACGUGUUUAUGGGUUUUGUUAGCAAAUUAUGAAAUAUUUGUUUGAUUUCCCUCAGAGAGUUUUGGUUUACCUCUGAAGUUCCUAUUCGUCUGGAUUACCAUGGAAAACACGUUUCAAUGGAGCAGGUAUGUUGUUUUAACAAUCUCUAAAAACAUACUGUAUACAAACACAUUCAGUUUUCUGUUCAGGGAUUCCAGUGUUGACAGACUUGACAACUGGUGUUGUGCAGCCUACAUAUUGUGCAAUAUUUUGGUUAACAAGCGCUGAUGAUGGACAGUAUUCAAAUGCGGAAGCACAUUAUUUAUAAAUGGAGCAUUUCUUACUCUCACAGUAGCACAUUUUGCACAUGCUUCUUGCGCUGCUCCUCUGUUUCAGGGAACAUUUGCUGGUAUUGUGAUUGGGUUGACACAGCUGAAUUGCUCCGAGCUGAAACUAAGGCGAUUAUGCUACAGACAAGGGUAGGUUUAAUCAGUACAGUCCCUUCAUAUUAGUAUGAUUUGUUAUGAUAGGACGUACCAACACUUAAUUGGGUCAUUCCUUAUGUUAAAUGAUGACACACAAGCUAUUAUAUCUAGUAUGAAAAAUACAUUAUGCAGUAACUAGAAGGACAUUCUUGGUUUUCUUCCAGACUGUUGGGUGUGGAUAAGCUCUUUUCCUAUGCAAUAAAUGAGUGGCUGAACGACAUCAAGAAGAACCAGCUGCCAGGACUGCUGGGUGGAGUGGGACCUAUCCACUCGCUGGUACAGUUGGGUAAGUAGGACAUGUGUAUGUUGAUAAACUGGUGUUGAAGCGCUGUAAUGUCUUUACCUAUUAAUCAGACAGCAUGUUGCCUGUGGUUUAAUUUGUAAGAGCUUCCUGAAAUGAUUAACUGUCUCUUUUGUAUUCUGGCUAAGCCUCUCAGAACCAUACACUAUAUCAUUGACAAUGGUCAUGCUUGUUUUAGCCAAUUGGGCCACAAUGGAAAUUAGUCUGAAAGCUUUUGGUUCAACCUAAAAAGACAAUUGUUAUAAAUACACUGAGUGUACAAAACAUUAGGAACACCUUCCUAAUAUUGAGUUGCACCCCCCUUUGCCCUCAGAACAGCCUCAAUUUGUUGGGGCAUGGACUCUACAAGGUGUAGAAAGCAUUCCACAGGGAUGCUGGCCCAUGUUGACUCCAAUGCUUCCCACAGUUGUCAAGUUGGAUGGUAGUGGAUCUCUACUCUGAUUUGCUCGUUCUGUCUCAUCCCACAGCUCAAUUGGAUUGAGAUCUGGUGACUGGGCAGGCCACUGCAGUAAGCUGAAUUCACUGUCAUGUUCGUGGAACCAUUCCUGGACAAUCCUAGCCUUGUGGCAUGGUGCAUUAUCCUGCUGAAAAAAAUCAAUUCGCUGAUGGAUACACUGCUGCCGUGAAGGGAUGCUAAAUAUGUAAAAAAUGUAAAAAAUAAAAAAUGCACCUGAUUGGCAAUGAUGUUUAGAUAUCCUGUGCCAUUCAAACAUUGCUCCACUUUUAUCAAGGGGCCCAAUCUGUGCCGUGAAAACAUACCCCUCACCAUCACCACCAGCCUGCAAUGUUGACACGUGGCAUGAUGGAUGCAUGUACUCAUUCUCCAUACCCUAGUCCUCCCAUUAGCGUGAAACAGCAGGAACCAGGACUCAUCAGACCAGGCAAUGUUUUUCCAAUUCUCCAGUGUCCAGUGUUUUCAUUCCUUAGCCCACUGCAAACGCAGUUUCUUCUUGUUUUUUGCUGAAUGAAGUGGAACUCUGUAAGGUCGUCGGCUGCCAUACCCCAUUCGUGUCAAGGUAUGACGAGUUGUGGAUUAUUUUAUGGGUCUUGGGCACCAAUGCUGUACUUGCCUGUAAGUUGACAAACUGUAGCCCGUCAGUUGCGCUGCACAAUUAGUGUCAGCCUCCUUUGUCCUCUUUCAUCAAUGACCCGUUUUUGACCACUGGCCUGCCAUUGGCUGGAUGCCCUUUGGGUGGUGGACCAGUCUUGAUACACACAAGAAAGUUGAGCGUGAAAAACCCAGCAGCAUUGCAGUUCUUGACACACUCAAACCGGUGCGCCUGGCACCUACUACCAUACUCCAUUCAAAGGCACUUCAAUCUUUUGUCUUGCACAUUCACCCUCUGAAUGGCACACAUACACAAUCCAUGUCUCAAAUCUUUCUUUAACCUGUCUCCUCCCCUUCAUCUAUACUGAUUUUGAAGUGGAUUUAACAAGUGACAUCAAUAAGGGAUCAUACAGUAGCUUUCACCUGGUCAGUCUGUCAUGGAAAGAGGAGGUGUUCCUAAUGUUUUGUACACUCAGUGUAUAUCUGAGGGUAUGUUAAUGUGUAGAUGUCUUAAACUAAAGUCAAAUCAGAAAUCCUGAUUUAAUGGGCCUUUUUUGCAUUAACCAAAUAAUAACACACUUUUCCUUUUCCUCCUUCCUGUGUUCAGUCCAGGGAUUUAGGGAUCUGGUGUGGCUCCCGAUAGAGCAGUACCGGAAGGAUGGUCGGGUUGUACGGGGAUUGCAGCGUGGUACUGCCUCCUUUGGAACCUCCACAGCUAUGGCUGCUCUGGAGCUUACCAACCGCAUGGUGCGGACUAUCCAGGUAAAAAAAACUCACCCCAGUCCAGAAAUACAUACAGUGAGGGAAAAAAGUAUUUGAUCCCCUGCUGAUUUUGUACGUUUGCCCACUGACAAAGACAUGAUCAGUCUAUAAUUUUAAUGGUAGGUUUAUUAGAACAGUGAGAGACAGAAUAACAAAAAAAAAUAUCCAGAAAAACGCAUGCACACAUGACUGUAAGUCGCUUUGGAUAAAAGCGUCUGCUAAAUGGCAUAUUAUUAUUAUUAUGUCAAACAUGUUAUAAAUUGAUUUGCAUUUUAAUGAGGGAAAUAAGUAUUUGACCACACUGCAAAACAUGACUUGGUGGCAAAACCCUUGUUGGCAAUCACAGAGGUCAGACGUUUCUUGUAGUUGACCAGCAGGUUUGCACACAUCUCAGGAGGGAUUUUGUUCCACUCCUCUUUGCAGAUCUUCUCCAAGUCAUUAAGGUUUCGAGGCUGACGUUUGGCAACUCGAACAUUCAACUCCCUCCACAGAUUUUCUAUGGGAUUAAAGUCUGGAGACUGGCUAGGCCACUCCAGGACCUUAAUGUCCUACUUCUUAAGCCAUUCCUUUGUUGCCUUGGCCGUGUGUUUUGGGUCAUUGUCAUGCUGGAAAACCCAUCCACGACCCAUUGUCAAUGCCCUGGCUGAGGGAAGGCUUGACGGUACAUGGCCCCGUCCAACGUCCCUUUGAUGCGCUGAAGUUGUCCUGUCCCCUUAGCAGAAAAACACCCCCAAAGCAUAAUGUUUCCACCUCCAUGUUUGACGGUGGGGAUGGUGUUCUUGGGGUCAUAGGCAGCAUUCCUUCUCCUCCAAACACGGCGAGUUGAGUUGAUGCCAAAGAGCUCGAUUUUGGUCUCAUCUGACCACAACACUUUCACCCAGUUCUCCUCUGAAUCAUUCAGAUGUUCAUUGGCAAACUUCAGACGGGCAUGUACAGUGGGGAAAAAAAGUAUUUAGUCAGCCACCAAUUGUGCAAGUUCUCCCACUUAAAAAGAUGAGAGAGGCCUGUAAUUUUCAUCAUAGGUACACGUCAACUAUGACAGACAAAAUGAGGAAAAAAAAUCCAGAAAAUCACAUUGUAGGAUUUUUUAUGAAUUUAUUUGCAAAUUAUGGUGGAAAAUAAGUAUUUGGUCAAUAACAAAAGUUUCUCAAUACUUUGUUAUAUACCCUUUGUUGGCAAUGACACAGGUCAAACGUUUUCUGUAAGUCUUCACAAGGUUUUCACACACUGUUGCUGGUAUUUUGGCCCAUUCCUCCAUGCAGAUCUCCUCUAGAGCAGUGAUGUUUUGGGGCUGUCGCUGGGCAACACAGACUUUCAACACCCUCCAAAGAUUUUCUAUGGGGUUGAGAUCUGGAGACUGGCUAGGCCACUCCAGGACCUUGAAAUGCUUCUUACGAAGCCACUCCUUCGUUGCCCGAGCGGUGUGUUUGGGAUCAUUGUCAUGCUGAAAGACCCAGCCACGUUUCAUCUUCAAUGCCCUUGCUGAUGGAAGGAGGUUUUCACUCAAAAUCUCACGAUACAUGGCCCCAUUCAUUCUUUCCUUUACACGGAUCAGUCGUCCUGGUCCCUUUGCAGAAAAACAGCCCCAAAACAUGAUGUUUCCACCCCCAUGCUUCACAGUAGGUAUGGUGUUCUUUGGAUGCAACUCAGCAUUCUUUGUCCUCUAAACACGACGAGUUGAGUUUUUACCAAAAAGUUCUAUUUUGGUUUCAUCUGACCAUAUGACAUUCUCCCAAUCCUCUUCUGGAUCAUCCAAAUGCACUCUAGCAAACUUCAGACGGGCCUGGACAUGUACUGGCUUAAGCAAGGGGACACGUCUGGCACUGCAGGAUUUAAGUCCCUGGUGGCGUAGUGUGUUACUGAUGGUAGGCUUUGUUACUUUGGUCCCAGCAGGUCAUUCACUUGGUUCCCCCGUGUGGUUCUGGGAUUUUUGCUCACCGUUCUUGUGAUAAUUUUGACCCCACGGGGUGAGAUCUUGCGUGGAGCCCCAGAUCGAGGGAGAUUAUCAGUGGUCUUGUAUGUCUUCCAUUUCCUAAUAAUUACUCCCACAGUUCAUUUCUUCAAACCAAGCUGCUUACCUAUUGCAGAUUCAGUCUUUCCAGCCUGGUGCAGGUCUACAAUUUUGUUUCUGGUGUCCUUUGACAGCUCUUUGGUCUUGGCCAUAGUGGAGUUUGGAGUGUGACUGUUUGAGGUUGUGGACAGGUGUCUUUUAUACUGAUAACAAGUUCAAACAGGUGCCAUUAAUACAGGUAACGAGUGGAGGACAGAGGAGCCUCUUAAAGAAGAAGUUACAGGUCUGUGAGAGCCAGAAAUCUUGCUUGUUUGUAGGUGACCAAAUACUUAUUUUCCACCAUAAUUUGCAAAUAAAUUCAUUAAAAAUCCUACAAUGUGAUUUUCUGGAUUUUUUUUCCUAAUUUUGUCUGUCAUAGUUGACGUGUACCUAUGAUGAAAAUUAAAGGCCUCUCUCCUCUUUUUAAGUGGGAGAACUUGCACAAUUGGUGGCUGACUAAAUACUUUUUUUCCCCACUGUAUAUGUGCUUUCUUGAGCAGGGGGACCUUGCGGGCACUGCAGGAUUUCAGUCCUUCACGGCGUAGUGUGUUACCAAUUGUUUUCUUGGUGACUAUGGUCCCAGCUGCCUUGAGAUCAUUGACAAGAUCCUCCUGUGUAGUUCUGGGCUGAUUCCUCACCGUUCUCAUGAUCAUUGCAACUCCACGAGGUGAGAUCUUGCAUGGAGCCCCAGGCCGAGGGAGAUUUACAGUUAUUUUGUGUUUCUUCCAUUUACGAAUAAUCGCACCAACUGUUGUCACCUUCUCACCAAGCUGCUUGGCAAUGGUCUUGUAGCCCAUUCCAGCCUUGUAUAGGUCUACAAUCUUGUCCCUGACAUCCUUGGAGAGCUCUUUGGUCUUGGCCAUGGUGGAGAGUUUGGAAUCUGAUUGAUUGAUUGCUUCUGUGGACAGGUGUCUUUUAUACAGGUAACAAACUGAGAUUAGGAGCACUCCCUUUAAGAGUGUGCUCCUAAUCUCAGCUCGUUACCUGUAUAAAAGACACCUGGGAGCCAGAAAUCUUUCUGAUUGAGAGGGGGUCAAAUACUUAUUUCCCUCAUUAAAAUGCAAAUCAAUUUAUAACAUUUUUGACAUGCGUUUUUCUGGAUUUUUUUGUUGUUGUCAUUCUGUCUCUCACUGUUCAAAUAAACCUACCAUUAAAAUUAUAGACUGAUCAUUUCUUUGUCAGUGGGCAAACGUACAAAAUCAGCAGGGGAUCAAAUAACUGUCUUGCAUCUCUUUUCAGCUUCUGUGUUACAAGUUUAUCGGGCUCCAUAAUGUAAUGCAAAACAAUUUGUUUUAUUUGUGAUCUUCAGGCAGCAGCAGAGACAGCCUAUGACAUGGUAUCUCCAGGAUCCGAUGAGAGGGAGACAAAGAGAAUAAAACGGUUCUCUCAUUACAGAUUGUCUCAUCAGCCAGUUGAUCUCCGGGAAGGAGUAGCCAACGCUUACAGCGUUGUAAAAGAGGUAAAUUGCAUGACGCUAACAUUUUGCAUCUCAUCUGCUUGUAGUGCUGCUUAAAGUGUAACACACUACAGGAUGAAGUUACCUGUCAGGACUGUAAUAAAUCAUGCUCAAUAUGUGCGUUCCCCACAGGGAAUCACGGACACUGCUCUGACCAUCUAUGACACGGCCACGCGUGAGCACGAGCAGCGUGGGAUGACCGGGGCAGUGGGUGGGGUCCUUCGACAGCUCCCCCCAGCUGUGGUCAAGCCUCUCAUCAUGGCCACCGAGGCCACCUCCAACGUGCUGGGGGGCAUGAGGAACCAGAUUCACCCAGACGCACACCAGGAAGAAUCCCAGAAAUGGCGGCAAGGGGAGGAGUGAUGGCCGACUGCUGUCCAAUGACUGAACUGAUGGUUGUGCAGAGUCAAAGAAGACACUCUCUCAGCUGUUGCAAGGCCCGAUGAGUAUUACAAGCUGGAAGGAUCUGGCACUGCAGAUUGAUUACUUUUUGAGGCAAAAUGGAGUGUCGCUGAAAAGUCAGCACUGGUGUAAAUGAAAUACAAUUCAUCUCAUAGACUUGUGGCAGUUUGAGCUAGUGUGAAUUAACUUGUGUUACCUUCUAUACCACAUUUUCCCUUGCAGUACCUUCAUGGUAAUAAUGUAUUAUACUGUUAUAGUACCAUAUGUUAGACAGAGGGACUCGCAGGAGCAGUUGGUGUGCAGAGGCAUAGAGGUCACUGUGCCAUACUGUAGAUCAUAAUUGAUUACCUUGGCUUGAGGAUAGGACUGGCUUGUUUUGAAUGUUGAAUCUUUCCAGAAUGGUAACAGUGAGGAAAAGUAGUGCACCAUAUCCUAACAUGGUACAGAGAUGAGGAGUGGUGUCAGAAAGCUCAGCAUUUCACUGGGUCCUUUUUUUCUUAUUUUUUUACAAUCGUGACUGAGUACAGCACGUCUAUAGUUUGUCAUAUUCAACAUUCGCUUAUCCUAAUUUGUGUCAAAUAACACUAAUAUCUCGAAGAGAUGCUGUAAGCCUCCUGUAGCUCAGUUGGUAGAGCAUGGCGCUUGCAACG